UUCGUUGUCGAUUUCGUUACCAUAAUUUGGUACUCAAGUCCAGCACCGUUCGAAAAUGGGAGAAAGAAAAGCUGUUAAUAAAUAUUACCCUCCAGAUUGGACUCCACAACAGGGCUCGCUUGACAGAUACCAUGGACAACACCCGUUACGUGAACGAGCUCGAAAGCUUGGCCAAGGAAUUCUCAUUAUUAGAUUUGAGAUGCCCUACAAUAUAUGGUGUGGAGGAUGUGGAAAUCAUAUUGGAAUGGGUGUGAGGUACAAUGCAGAAAAGAAAAAAGUUGGUAACUACUACACAACACCCAUCUACAGAUUUCGCAUGAAAUGUCACCUUUGUGAUAAUCACUUUGAAAUAGAAACUGAUCCAAAGAACUGUGAUUAUGUUAUUGUGAGUGGAGCCAGAAGGAAAGAAGAAAGAUGGGAACCAUCAGCUACAGAAACUGUUGAACUAACAGACAAGGAGGAUGUCAAGAAAAUGGCCGUUGAUGCAAUGUUUAAAUUGGAACAUGGUGUUCAAGAUCAACAAAAGUCUAAGAAAGCUUUGCCCACAUUAGCACAGCUUAAGGAAGUUCAGUCUGUAUGGGAUGAUGACUACGCUGCUAAUCAACUUCUCAGAAAGAAAUUUCGUGAGCAGAAACAGGAUUUGAUUGCUGUAGCUAUGAAAGACAAAGAGUUGCAAAAGAGAGGAGCGCUGGAUGUGAAUCUUUUGCCAGAAAGAGAAGAAGACAUCGAACUUGCGCAUAAAAUAAGAUAUCAUGGAAAAGGUUUUGAUGGCCAUCGCCGUAAGCGUCGUUCCGAAAUCAACGACAGGCCGUUAUUUGAUACACAGGGAAAAUUAGAGGAAAAAAGACAAAAAAUUACGCAACUCCUCGGAAAACGGAGACAACUCAAGGUUAAUUCUUUUUCAACACCUCCCAAGUCGAAGAAUGAACUUACCAUCCAAGGGACAUUGGGUAUUAAAGUUCGACGGACCAGGCUCAGUAAUAACGAGAGCUCAGACAAUAGUACUAAUAAGGACCCUUCGAUUGAUGACCUCUCGAAUAGUCCCACUGUGAAUCAAACAGUGGUUUCUUCUGAGCUAGGAUCACAGAGAGACCCUGAGUUAGCUGUAAAUGUAGCAUCUGAGACAGAACUUCCUGUAACAAGUCUCCCGGAUGUGACGUCACAAAGCGUCUCUUUAAAACAAACACAGAAUUGCCUCGCAAAUCAACCAAAACAAGAGGAAACUCACGGCACACCUGAUGGAAGCACUGAAGAUUCAGCGCUAAUUAGUAGUUCUUCCAUUAGUUCCUUAGUUUGCUGUGAUUACGCCGACUCUAGUGACGCUUCGGAUGAUCAUACAUGAUUAGAUACCGAAAUAGUGGAAUCAGUUGAGUAUCGUUUGAGUAAUGCAUAGAUUGUGUCUGGCUUGAAUGAUACAAUUAAAAAACAACUGUCCCAGAGAAUGAAAGUGCACCGGGCUAAUCAAGACUUUUUCGCCUUAAAUAAAGAAAUUUGGUUUCUCCUCCAAUUUUCUCCUUUUCUGAAAACAAAACAAAGCAAAAUCAAAGCUGAGAAGUAUUCGAGCGUCAGCGACCCAUUUACUUCUGCUAGCAAUCUUUACUACGACUCCACAACUCAUGAUGCAAAGAGCGUAGGAUAUUUUUGCAAAUCGAGUAACCUAUAACUCGUUUUCUGUACUAGACUUAUCUACGAGUUAAAAAUGGCGCGCGAGGAGCAAAGGCGUCUUAAUGUAUACGUUACUUCUGGACAAAUAAAAAACCAAUCAGAGUAGAAAGUAACACAUGUGGCUACAUUUUGAUUUGCAUUUUUAUCGCGUUCGUUAAUUAUUUUGUUUUGUCUCAAUAGGGUUUUGUUUUAAUCGGUUUGCUUUAAAUGAGUUUGUCUAUGUUUGUUAUGUGGGUUUCUAGCGAUAUUUAAAGAUUAUUUGUGGAAGAAGGCUGGUUUCGUAUCGCGAGACUUUAUUUACAGUUGAUGCCGUAUACAAAUGUUCUAUACUUUACUGACGUGGAAUCAGCUAAUUUUGAAUGCGGUCAGUUCUGAAAACUUGAUAUUUUUCAUCUAUUUGUGAGACGAUAAUUGCAUGUGGAAUUUUUUAUUACAAAUGUUUCAUACAGUACAGACGUUGAAUUAGCUAAUUGUAAAUCCGGUCAGUGCUGACAACUUUAUAUUUUUUAUCUAUUUACGAGACAAUAA